AUGCCUUUGUGGCGGACCAAAUCCAACCACAGUCAGGCUGGGAGCGAAUCGGAUCCCAAGAACGAUCCGGCUGUUUCUGCUUCUCAGGCGGCCGGGACAGCUUGGUUGAAAGGCCAUCCCAACCAUCUGACGGAGGAGCAGGAAAAGACUCUGCAUGAGUUUAAGAAACUGUGCGAGGAGAAUGGGUACUACAAGUCGGUGGAUGAAAAGGGGAAGCCCAGCCAUGACGAUGCGACAAUGCUGCGAUACCUCCGCGCGCGCAAGUUCGACCUAAAUGGCGCAUGGGGUCAAUUCAAGGACACUGAGGAAUGGCGUCACGAGAAUGCCAUCGAGUCGUUAUACGAGAAUAUCGACGUAGACUCCUACGAAGCUGCGAGAAGGAUGUAUCCCCAAUGGACGGGUCGUCGGGACCGCCGUGGUAUCCCGAUCUAUGUGUUUGAAAUCAGACACCUGCAUACCAAGAACAUGGCAGAAUACAACUCGACAAUGACCUCUUCGACCGCGACGGCGGACUCACACCAAUCCUCCAAGGUGCCUCAGCGCCUGCUGCGACUGUUCGCUCUCUACGAGAACCUUCUCCGCUUCGUCAUGCCCAUGUGCUCGCAGUUGGAUCGGCCGAACCCCGAGGCCCCCAUCGUGACCUCGACCAACAUUGUGGACGUCAGCGGUGUCGGCUUGAAACAAUUCUGGAAUCUGAAGGGACAUAUGCAGGAUGCCAGUGUUCUUGCAACGGCCCAUUACCCGGAGACAUUAGAUCGGAUCUUUAUCAUCGGUGCCCCGGCCUUCUUUCCGACCGUCUGGGGCUGGAUCAAGCGCUGGUUCGACCCAGUCACCACAUCCAAGAUCUUCAUCCUCUCCGCCUCCGAGGUCAAACCAACCCUCUCCUCCUUCAUGGAUGUGUCCAGCAUCCCCAAGCAAUACGGCGGUGAGCUCGACUGGCAAUGGAACGACAUGCCCAAUCUAGACGAACCCGCCCGCGAACUCCUCCGUCCUUUGGAAACUCCUCCAUCAGAGGGAGAAUCCAAGCCUGGCUUCAUCAAGGGUCCUGUCCUGUUCAAGGGCGAUCACAUCGAAAUCCUUGGCAAACUCAACGGCCAGAGUCGCAAGUCGACCAUCCCUGUCCCGCCGUCGUCGUCGUCUUCGAAGACAUUUGAUUCCCCAUCCCAAGAAGACCAUCCACCUCAAUACCAAGAAUCCCCCAAAUCAGAUGAUACCCCAACCAGCACCAGCACAACCACCACCGCUGUAGAAACCACGGCAGAAAACAACACCGAUCGAUCGACGGACGGCGAAACCACCGCCACAUCCACCACUAUCACCACCGAGAACGAAAAAGUGGGCGCGGAAAGAGUUGCUAAUGGGGAUGCGGCCACCGCUCCUGCACAGACCGUUACUGCCUAG